CCUGCUGCUGCUGUAGCCGUUAGCGCGGUGGCUGAACUAGCGGCUGUUUGGAUGGUUCACCGGCGGAAAACUGAGCUGAACUGAGAUGCGAGUGUUAUAAAAAAACAAUAAAGAAAAAAAAGAAGAGAAGAAAUCGAGUCACGCUUCACUUGAGACAGGAGAACAGAAGCUGUACUGCUCGGGGAGGGAGGAAAAGGUGAGAGGCUGACUGAGCGAGGGAGCGAGUGACAGAGGAGGAACAAAAGAGAGAGAGAGAGAGAGAGAGAGGCCAUGGAGCAGCAGAGACAGAGAACUCUCUCCACAUCUGGAGAAUCGCUGUACAUCGUGCUGGGAGUCGACAAGAACGCCACCACAGAGGACAUCAAGAAAUGUUACAGGAAACUGGCGUUAAAGUUCCACCCGGACAAGAACCCGGACAAUCCAGAUGCAGCCGAAAAGUUUAAGGAAAUCAACAACGCCCACUCCAUCCUGAGCGACGCCACCAAGAAGAACAUCUACGACAAAUACGGCUCGCUGGGGCUCUACGUGGCAGAGCAGUUCGGAGAGGAGAACGUCAACACCUACUUCGUUCUGUCCAGCUGGUGGGCGAAGGCCCUGUUCGUCUUCUGCUGCCUGUCCACAGGCUGUUACUUCUGCUGUUGCCUGUGCUGCUGCUGUAACUGCUGCUGCGGUAAAUGUAAACCUCGGCCGCCCAUGGACCAGGAGCCCGAGUUCUACGUCUCCCCCGAGGACCUGGAGGCCCAGAUGACCGCUGACGAGAGAGAUGGCGGCGAGCCCAUCGUGAUGCAGCCGUCCUCCGCCACAGAAACCACCACGCUCACCUCUGAUGCCCACCACAGCUACAGGACCGACACAUACUAGACACACACUCACUCACACACACACACACACUCUUACAAUCAGUUCCUCCACAAUCACAGGACGAUGCUGACAUAGUCUCAUCACCUUUCUCAUCAGUUCUUCAUCUGUUAUGUUUCUCUUCAGCUGUUCAAAAAGGCCAAAAAAAAUUUAAUUAAUGAUGAUAUACCACACAUAUACACACACACACAUGCACACACACACACACACACCAGCAAAUCACUCAAAGUCAGCCUGAGCUCAGCGGCUCUGACCAAACUUUUAUCUUUUUAAAUGUUCAUUUAUCAUGGAGUGAGUCGAAGAGGGAGAGGGAGAGGACAGAGGAGAAUAAAAACAGUUCUUGUAACAUCAGUUUAUAAAAACCAGACACAGAUCAGACAAGUUUUAUUACCCAGGAUGUAAAAUAUUCUUGGUAACAGUCGUCAGUCGGGAGCACAUCUGGAUAUUUGAAGGGGGGGUAAGGGUUAGGUGCAAAUUUUAAAAAAUCAGAAGAAAGUUGAAAUGUGGGGGAGAUUCUGUUGAAUGUGUGUUCAAUCAUUUUGUAAAUGUAAGUUUAAAGCACAAGUUAUACGUACAAGCAGUCUGCAUGACUUGACAUCAUCUUCGACUGCAGACUGUCUGCACACAAUCAGAAGUUUUUGUUGCACACUGAACUCGCAGAUCAUUCACAGCACAAACAUGUUGGCAGACACGAAGUCUGAACAGAACCAGGUCUGCUGCUCAAGUCCACGUCUGUUUGAAUGCCUGGUGUGCUCUCAUGAUUUUUACAAGUUGAAAUACAUUCAACUUUUCAAGGCACACGGUCGCGCUGCUCCUUUUAUUAUGGACAUAUAAUGACCAGUAGCAGACAGAGCUGUCUUGCACAGAACACGCUCUUUAAAGACGUCGUUUGAUGCAGCGACGAGUCUUUGUGUGUCUGUUUCAACGUAAGAAAACACGUGGUUUGCUUUUAGCUCGCUGGGAAACGCUUAUCAAAGCCUCUCUGUCAGCCCACUGCUGGCUGGAAGUAGGUCAGAGAUCCCGUCUUUAUGUUCCAUGAGCAGUUGAUACGGCUGUGUGGGGGUUCAUUUGUCCUCAGUACCCUCAUGAGCAGCAUGCAGCUGGUGCCACACCAGCAUCGGUUCCCCUGCACUUCAGUCUGGUUCUGCUCCUUCAUUCUGAAGUUUUGCUUCGCUGAACGGAAACGGAACAUCUGAUCACCAUCAUAGAGCGUUUCCUAAAGAUUUCAACUGAUUAUGUCUGAUAAAUUUGCCACCCUUAGUGUGUCAGCUGUCAGCACUUCAUGAGCAAUCAGGCGAGGUUUCAGCUGACAGAAACACACUUCCUUGAGAAAAUACUGGAAGUCCUGCCGCUGCCGAGACUGAAUCUUAAUCAGCUUUGGCGCAUGUGACCGUGACUGAGCGGAUACCUGGAAAUCCACAUCAGUCAGCAGACACACAGUCCUGCUCAACGUUAUCUGGGACUGCUGUGUUCCUCCCCUCCAUCACAGAUCGGAAAGUGAGAACAAAUUUUCUCUCAUAUUUUGAAAACUUAGUGGCCCACAAAGACAAAUCCGAAUAUGAUACCCUCAGAUGAAGAACGACUAAAUAAAAGGAGAAUGGUUAGGAAGAGGAUCAGAGGAGGGAUCCCUCUCUCAGGGUAUGGACAUGUGGUAGUACGGUCCUUCUCCUCUUCUUCCUCACUUCUUUCUUCUGUUAUGUUAAACCCACUCACAUGGAGGAUUGAGCUUCCUGCCUCACACUGAAAGCCGUGUGUGUGCUGAAGAGUCCAGUGUUAUUACAAGUACAUGAACGCAGGUCAGUGGACGAACAGACAUACACACUGAUUGAGCCCCUUUUUUUGUUUGUCUGUUUAUUUUUAGUUUUCAAUUUGUUUUGUGGGAAAGUAAAAAUGCUGUACAUGUCGUGUGAACUGUGUGUUUAGAUUUCACUGUAUUUCUUUGCGUUGGUCAGAAGUUUGAACACUAUUUUUUUCUUCCUUUUCUUUUUUUUCCGUUUGUCUCCGUAGAACUGCUUCUCAUUGUUGUUUUUUUUUGUUUGUUUUUUUUUCUUAUUUAUGUUGUUAAUGAAGGGAGGAUAUCGAUAUCCAAAGUCUUAUAUGUUCGUGUGGCGGCAGUUUUUGUAGAUGAUACAAUCCUCAUAGCAUCUGAAGAGCAGUUUACAACAAUCACACUGAUUAGUUAGGGUCUAAUUGUAUAACACUUUUUUUAGUAGUGUUUCCUCUUUUUUUUUUUUUUAUAGCAGUCCAGCUCUGCUACAGUAGAAAAUACAGGAACAUUGUGCUUGUUUGUGUCAACUAUUUUAAUUUUUAUAAAAAAAACUACAAAAAAAAAAGCACCUACACUGAACCAAACAGGCUAAUUUAUUCACUAUUUGUUCUUCGAUUCCUCACUCCAACACUUUGUUCAUUAUGUAUUUAUACAUAUCAUGAGAAAGUGCAAUAAAUCUCUUCCAUGACUCCACUUUCAACUUCAAACGUGGUUUCAGGGAAUCUGCAGGUUCAUAAAAAGUAUUUUUUUUUAAAAAGUUCUUUAAAUCAAGUAAAUUCAUGUUGUUUCCAUUGAAAACAUUUGAUCAAUUAAAAGGUAUUUUAACGACCCAGAAAGGGGUUUUUUUUAAACCUGCAGAUGUUCUGUUUUCACCAGAUUUUCUCUUUUUGUGCUUCAUGUCAUGUGACCACUGAAAUGCCACAUUGUUAAACCCCCCCAAAAUCCCUCCUUUUCUUUUUUUUUUCUCAUUUCACCUGUAUCGACCAAACACGCGACGGUGUCCGAGUGAAUGCAGCGUGAAGCCUGAAACACAUGAACCUGGAGUCAAGAAGCUUCCAUAGAGAGAUCUGAAACGACGACAUAAUUAACAAGAACUGAUCUACGAGUGAAUAUAGCGACCAGACAAUAGUAGUAAUAAUAAUAAUAAUGAAGCAUUAUUUUAUUUAUUUUGUUUUUCUUAUGUUUUUAAUAACCGAUUAACGACUAGUGGAGGGGAUGUAUAGAAUUUUAGAUGUGAACCAUUUUGACAACGAGGUGACAAAAUGGCGGACCCGCUGUAUAUACACGCAGUGGCACAGUACAUAGAGACGUAGAGGUUUUCUGUUUUUAGCAUGGACUGAUCAUGUUUGCGUCUGUCAGGCAGACGUGUGCGUCAAGUAUCUGAUGUACUGUUGUAAAAUAAAUGUUUCUGUUGCUUCAGAG